AUGUCUCAGCACAGGGGACACAAGAGGAGGCCCAGGACCCCAGGGCCUCCUGUGCGCAGCAUCCGGCCCUUCAAAUCCAGCGAACAGUACCUGGAGGCCAUGAAGGAAGACCUGGCCGAGUGGCUUCGGGAUCUGUACGGGCUGGACAUUGAUGCAGCCAACUUCCUGCAGGUGCUGGAGACUGGCCUGGUGCUGUGCCGGCAUGCCAACACUGUCACAGAGGCUGCUCUGGCCUUCUUGGCUGAGGCGCCUGACCGAGCUCAAAAGAUUCCCAUGCCUCAUGCUGGGGUUUUCUGCAACGGGGCUGCUCAGCCAGGUACCUUCCAGGCCAGGGACAACAUCUCCAACUUCAUCCACUGGUGUCGCAAGGAGAUGGGCAUCCAAGAGGUGCUGAUGUUCGAGACAGAGGACCUGGUGCUGCGCAAGAACGUGAAGAGCGUGUUGUUGUGUCUGCUGGAGUUGGGUCGCCGCGCCUGGCGUUUCGGUGUGGCGGCACCGGCCCUGGUGCAUCUGGAAGAGGAGAUCGAUGAGGAGCUGAGGCGCGAGCUGGCCCUGCCCUCGCCGGAUCCGCCACCUCCCGCACCCCCUGCCCGCAGGCCUUGCCACUUCCACAACCUGGACCAGAUGGUGCAGAACCUCGUGAGUCAUUGCACAUGCCCAGUGCAGUUCUCCAUGGUCAAGAUAUCUGAGGGCAAGUACCGAGUAGGGGACUCGGACACGCUCAUCUUCAUCAGGAUCCUCCGGAGCCACGUGAUGGUGCGUGUUGGGGGCGGCUGGGACACGCUGGGCCAUUAUCUGGACAAACAUGACCCCUGUCGGUGUACGUCCCUCUCCCACAAACCAGGUAGCUUCCUGAAGCCCCCAGGGCCACCAGUGCAGCACGAAGUGAAGAUGCAGGACGGGCCUUCACAGCCCCAGCCUACGAUGACCAUCAGCCGCUCACAGAGCCCGCUGCCUCCGGUGGACUGGAGGACCUACACCUCUUCCAGGCUGAGGCCCCCCACUCCCUCUCGUCCCCAACCUCAUGGUGAACAAGGAUCAGAGGCCAGGAUCAUCAGAGAGACAGCCCCAUUACUAAGGUCCCAAGAGAGGCCAAUGACCCCAUCUCAGAGGAUGCUGUCACCCGGUUCCCAAUUCUCAUCUACCUGUAGGAGCCCAGACCUACGAAGGACCCUGUCAGGAAAGAGAGAGAAUAGAUACCCUGGUGAAAUGCCCAGAGGAAGGACUCCCACGUCUUGGGAUCACAAGGAUACAGAUAGACAAGGAACCCAUACCAAGGCCCUCACCCCCCAGAGGCUCCAAAUCCCUGAGGCCACCAGUAAAGAGACAUCAGCAAGAGGACCACCUCCCCCACCUCGUUCCUCCAGCCUAGUCAACCCUCACGGCAUCUGGCUCCUGAAUCAGGGUGUUUCCCCACAGCUCAGUGAACCUGCAUCUAUGCAAUCCCCAACGCCCAGCAAAGGGUUCACCAAGAUCCCCAUCCGACUUUCCUCUGCCAGGCCCCCAACACCCAGAAGGUUUUUGGGUUCUGAAAGUGGAGGUUCCAUGGAGAGAGGACCCAGCCCAUCAAGGGCUCCCACAGGGAACCUGGAUAGAUCCACACAUGGGCACCACUCUGCUGAAGCGAGCCAUGGGGGCCACCAGAUGGACAUUCAGAUGGCUUUGGAGACUGAGGAUCCCAGGAUCCUAGACACACAGACAUGGAAGGGGGGUCACACGUCUCUGCCCCUGGGCAGGACCAGAGAGCAAGCCCUCUACCAUAGCCUUGACGAGGAGAUUGUGGCCAACAUGAAACUGCUGGAGGUGGGGCCUGCCUGUGAUUGGGGUACACGGUCUCAAGCCAUCCCUCGAAGUGGAGUCUACGUUCCCAGCCUGGGUGGGAAGUGGCCUGAAUCUGGGGGGCCUUACGACAAAGUUAUCCAAGAACUGGUUCAGGGGCCCCCACCCCUCCUUAAAGUGGAUCGGAAAGCCUGGAGAGUAGACUCUGAAGCCUCGCCUAAGCCAGCUGUGGGCUCAAGAAGUCCCGAAGAGAAGCUAGGAUCCAGAGAGAGUGGACCAAGGAUAAAGGCAAGCCUGACUGCCAAGAGUACCCCAAUGAGGACUGUGACAUCCACAAGAGGGAAGGACUGCUCCACCAGGACUGGGCCCGCCACCCCGGAGGCUCCCACACAUUCAUGCUCAGACCCCAGUUCUGACAAAGCUGGGGUUUGUCUGGGCAAGGAUAAAAGAACCCUCCGGAAGCCUCAGAAAAUCCCAUCCAUUUACAAACUAAAGCUGAGACCUAGAAUCCGGCCACGCAGAGACCAUAGGCCUGAGAAAAGACCUUCCAGAAUUCCCAAGCCACUGACCUACCUCUGCCUGGGUCCAGCCAGGACAGCUCCUGGAAGCAGGCUAUUGAAAGCUACAUUGGGUAGCAAGGGUGCGGGCACCUGCCCGGUGGAACGAGCAGGUGAAAAGAAGGAGGAGGAGAAAAAGAAAGAAGCCGGCAUCUCAUUGGCUUCAGAGAGCCAGGAGCCCCUGCAGCUCAAUGGAACCCCACUUCCUGAGGAAGAAUCCUGGGUCUGAAGAGUCUACAAAUGGGGAGGACCACAGCAAAAUUUUGUAUGCAGUACAAUGUAUGUGUGAGGAAGGAUGGUCCCUCACUCGGCACAGGGCCUUGGCCAGGAGUAGUGUGAAGACCCCAUCUCUUCAGCUGAGCAGAAGGGUAGCCCACACCUUCCACUGCAAGCCAGGAUCAGGCAGCGGCAGUGGGGAGCACCCAUAUCUUUUUGUUGACCCCAAGAACAGUUCC